AUGGAUGGAAUGGGCUACUUGUUCAACAUCAACGUCCAGAAUUGUAGAAAUGAAAUGUCACGUGAUACAAUGCUCUCAUCGGGCUGUGACGCCAUUGGCAACACUCCAUUGGUACGGCUAAAUCGCGUUACCAAAGGACUGGAAGCAACAAUUGCUGUGAAAUUGGAAUAUAUGAAUCCUGCUGGGUCGGUGAAGGAUCGUAUUGCAUUCAAUAUGAUCCAGAAAGCAGAAGAUGAAGGAAAGAUCACACCUGGGAAGACGGUGCUCAUCGAGCCCACCAGCGGCAACAUGGGAAUUGCUCUCGCCUAUUGUGCAGCGCUGAAAGGAUAUAAAUUGAUCCUGACAAUGCCAUCCUCGAUGAGUGUGGAAAGACGAGCUCUAUUGAAAGCAUACGGUGCUGAGGUGGUGCUGACCGAUCCAGCAGUCGCUGUGCGAGGUGCUAUCGAGAGAGCAGAGGAGCUAGCAAAAGUGAUACCGAAUGCGUUCAUUCCUAAUCAAGUUGAUAUUGUAUGUUUUGGAGUUGGAUCAGGUGGAACGUGCACGGGAGUUGGUCGCUAUUUGAAGGAGAAAAAUCCAAACAUAAAG